AUGGACAAGUUCUGGCUUGUGUUCCUGCUGCUUGUGGCGUUUCCUCUUGUAUUCUUCCAAGGUGAUGCUGAAGCCCUGAGGUGCAUAGUCUGCAAAUCAUUUAAGAAAGGCCGUUGUCUGAGAGGCAACGGCAACUGCACUGUGGGCUCCGGUCUUGAAUGUAGAACCAGCAGUGUCUUCAUUCUCACAGGGAGAGGUGAGUGGAUGCACACCUACACUGAAUUGGACUGCUACUCUGAAUGUAUACCCAAACAUACAUUCUAUUCAGGCUUGAAGAUACUGACCAGUUGCUGUAAAAACAGAAAUUUCUGUAACAAAUUUCAAGGAAGACUAGUGGAGAAGAAUACUCACUAA